GAACUAUAAUCACCACCACUCAUUUCCAUCAACCAAAGCAAGCAUCCAAAUCCACUCUUACCUCACAGCUUCCCCCUAACAAAAAUCUACCCAUCAAAAUGCUGUCUUCCACAUUCCCUUCUCUUUUUCUCUACCACCACCACCUACUACUUUUUAACUUUCUCCAUGGCCAAGAAUCUUCAUGAAUAAUCCCAUACAGAUUCCAAAAAUAAAAACACACACACCCUUUUCUCCCUCAUUUUUUUUUCACCAUUUUUCUCUAUAAGACAUGAAUCCCUCUUGUCGCUUCUCUUCAACUUCCCUUAGAAAUUCUUAUAUCUGCCUCUCCAAAAACACUUCUCCUUUCUUUCUUAGAGAGUGUUUUCAUCAUGUCAAGCCUAUUACUCUAUCACAACCAAUAAAAAAGGCUUCUUUUUCCAUUCUCAGGCUUAAAAACUGCAAACUUUCACACCCUUUUGCCACUUUAUCAUCUUUUGCAGAAGCUGAAGGGGAAGAGGAGCAGAAAGAGGAAAUUCAGCUAAAUGGGCAUCAUCAUCAGCAUGCAACACAAACAAAGAGUAAAGAGACUGAUGAUGACUUACCUGGAAUUGAACAAGCCUUCAACAUAUCUUCAACCACUGCUUCUGCUAUAUCUAUAUGCAUUGCAAUGGCUGCUCUCACUUUUCCUUUCUUCAUGACAUCUUUGGGACAGGGUUUGGCCUUGAAGACCAAGUUGUUAUCUUAUGCAACACUGUUAUUUGGGUUCUACAUGGCUUGGAACAUUGGAGCCAAUGAUGUUGCAAAUGCUAUGGGAACUUCAGUGGGAUCUGGUGCCUUGACACUUAGGCAAGCAGUGUUAACAGCAGCAGUGUUGGAAUUUUCAGGAGCAUUGUUGAUGGGAACUAACGUGACUAGCACAAUGCAGAAGGGAAUCCUUGUAGCUAAUGUGUUUCAGGGGAAGGAUUCUCUGCUCUUUGCUGGGUUGCUAUCUUCACUUGCUGCUGCUGGUACUUGGUUACAGUUUGCAUCAUAUUAUGGUUGGCCAGUAUCUACUACCCAUUGUAUAGUGGGGGCAAUGGUGGGGUUUGGUCUAGUUUAUGGAGGUGCUGGAGCUGUUUUCUGGGGUUCACUGGCUAGGGUGAUUUCAUCAUGGAUUAUCUCACCACUAAUGGGAGCAGCUGUGUCAUUUCUAGUCUACAAAUGCAUCCGAAGGUUUGUGUACAGUGCACCUAACCCGGGACAAGCAGCAGCUACUGCAGCACCAAUUGCUGUAUUUGUGGGUGUAACUGGGAUUUCUUUUGCUGCUUUUCCACUUAGCAAGAGCUUUCCUUUAGCCCUGGCCCAGGCUUUAGCCUGUGGAACUGCUGGUGCUUUUCUGGUUUACAGAAUCAUCAAAAAAGAGCUUGGACAUCUUCUUGUCGAGCCAAAUACUCAACAGCCGGAACCAAAAGAAGAUACUCCCCACCAAAAUAUAGGAUUCCUCUCUGAUGUUGCAGGUCCAAAGGGUACCCAACUGGAAAUAGUUUAUGGAGUCUUUGGGUACAUGCAGGUUCUCUCAGCAUGUUUCAUGUCAUUUGCUCAUGGUGGAAAUGAUGUCUCCAACGCCAUAGGUCCAUUGGCGGGUGCACUCGCUAUUCUUCAAGGCGGUGCUAGAGGAGCUGAGAUUGUCAUUCCAACUGAUGUUCUUGCUUGGGGUGGAUUUGGAAUUGUUGCAGGACUAAUGAUGUGGGGUUAUAGAGUGAUAGCUACAAUUGGAAAGAAAAUAACAGAACUGACACCAACUAGAGGAUUUGCAGCUGAGUUUGCUGCUGCCUCUGUGGUUCUGUUUGCUUCAAAGCUGGGGCUACCAAUCUCAGGAACACAUACUCUAGUAGGUGCUGUAAUGGGAGUGGGGUUUGCAAGGGGACUUAACAGUGUUAGAUCAGAAACUGUGAAGGAGAUUGUGGCUUCAUGGGCAGUUACUAUACCUGUUGGUGCUAUGCUAUCAGUAUUCUACACAUGGAUCCUGACUAAGCUUUUGUCCUAUAUUUUAUGAGCGUGUGUUACAUGAUAUGAAGAACAGGUUAUGUAUGUGAUUAAUUCAAGUUACUUGCACCGUGUUUCACAUGAUAAUUUUUUUUGUGGUACAAACUGGAGAAGAGGAUUGGUGUGACAGCACAGGUAUCUUGGGUUGAUGGCUUUUAACUUAGUUGGCAAGGGAUGAAUCAUUGAUGUUGGGAUCUCAAGUCAAGCCUGUGAUUGCUUAUGCAUGUUUCCUAUCAGAGGGUAACUUAAUAAUCAAGAAAAUGAGAGUUAAGAAACUGUCAGCUCCAGUUCUUUUAGACCUAUUACUUUUUUCAGGGAAAAUAUUGGGAAAAAAACCAAAAGUAUGUACUUAAUAGAUUUAUUUUAGCCUUGUUGCCUUAUAUCUGCUUUAAAUGCAUUCCUUGAAACACUCUUCAGUAAUAGAGCAGUGAGAUUUUAGGGACAUAAACCUGUUUAUUCAAUAAGGGUACUUGAUAUCUAGACCAGAUAUUUGUAGAACAACCUAAUGUUGUGAAAAAUGUAUAAGAGCAAUAAAUCGGACGUAUAGAGGU